UUAUAUUAACCAAUCGACAUAGACCUUUGAACCAUCGUACAAAGUACUCAUUCUUAUUAUUUGAAUUAUUAUUAUAAAUCUUAUUACAAUUAAUAAAAAUGUUCAGGUCUAUUUUUAUAAAACCCGCAUUUAAUGUUAUAAAAAAACAUUUCGGAACUAGUGUUGUUUUGAAAAAUAAUACAAUGAAAUCGAUUAAAUAUGAAACUUUAUCCGUGUCAGUACCAAAACCAUUUGUAUGUAUGGUACAGUUAAAUAGACCUGAGAAGCGAAAUGCUAUGAAUGGUAAAAUGUGGGAAGAAAUUAAACAAUGCUUUGAUGAUUUAUCGGUAGAGCCAGACUGCAGAGUUAUUAUUUUAUCAGCUAUUGGAAAAAUGUUUUGCGUUGGUUUGGAUUUACAAGAUAAUCUAGAUAUUUUCCAAAAAUUAUCAGAACAUGAAGAUGUUGCACGAAAAUGUAAAAUUUUAGAAUCUGUGAUAAGGAAAUAUCAAAAUUCUAUGACUUCUAUAGAAAAGUGUGCAAAGCCAGUAAUUGCAGCUGUACAUAGCGCCUGCAUAGGUUCAGGAGUAGAUAUGAUUUGUGCUGCUGAUAUACGUUAUUGUUCCUCAGAUGCAUGGUUUCAAAUAAAAGAAGUUGAUAUUGGAAUGGCAGCUGAUGUUGGUACUUUGCAAAGAUUUCCAAAAAUAAUUGGUUCAGACAGUUUAGUUAGAGAACUUGUUUACACAGCAAGAAAAUUUCCAGCAACUGAGGCAUUGCAAUGUGGUUUUGUCAAUUGUGUAUUUGAUAGUCAAGAAAGCUUGUUGAAUAAAUCCAUUGAACUUGCUGAAGAAAUUGCAAGUAAAAGUCCUGUUGCAGUACAAAGUUCCAAAUUAAGUUUGGUAUAUUCAAGAGAUCAUUCUGUUGAAGAAGGUCUUGAACAUAUUGCUAUGCAUAAUAAAACAAUGUUGCAAAGUGAAGAUUUUAUAAAUGCAGCAACUUCACAGGCAACACGAGGUGAUCCACCUGUAUUUUCAAAACUAUAAAACUUCUGUGUUAUAUAUUUCAAGUCCUUAAACAGUUUGCUUUAUCAGUGGCUGUGAAGGCAGAAACUUAAUUGUUAUCAAAUAUUUUAUAUAAAGUAUAUUAGAUAUGUUUACAUUUUGAUAUACCUUUAUAUUGAUAUGAAAUAUCUUAUAAGGCAUCAUUAAAGUAUGUUUAUUAAUAUUAA